AGGUCUCUCAUUGGCCGUGGCAGUUUUCCUUCUACCAUUUUUGGAGCGAAACUUUCUAACACAAGCAUUGUACGAAGUCCGUUUUGACCAGGCCAAAGAGGAUUAUGGUCUAGCCGACAACGAGGUGUUUCUUAACUUGACACAGACGCCUCGUGUUCAAUGUUUUUACCGCUGUUCAAUGGAUUGCCGUUGCUCGGCUUUCCAAAUGUUUAAGGAUACGGACUGUCAACUACUGUCGUCAUCACGGGCUGAAGUGACGCUACAGCGCAUGCCUGGAUACACUUAUUAUGACAUCAUACCUUGGAAGGUAAUAAUUACGUUUUUCUGAUCGGUUUCGUGCCAACAAGAGAACAAGACUAUUCAGCCGACUGUGAUUACAUUAAUCUUAACAGCUUAACUAAACUAACUUGGUUUAUACAGAUAGCUAUAUCAGGUCUAAGCCAUUCUCUAUGAUCAGAAUGAGUCAUCCCUUAUUAUUAGUACACUGUUACUACAAGAGGAAACCUAAACUGAACUAACUAUUGAUGCUGGUUAGCUCUAUCAGGGACUGGUUGUACGAAGGCCGGAUAGCGCUAUCCACCGGAUAGUGAUUUUUUCAAGCUUUGUUAAAUCAGUCGUUGAUUGGUAUAACUCGUAUUAAAGUUUAGUAUUUAUAAAUUAAAUGUUUUUUAUACUUCUGGUGUCGUCCAUAUCCGUAGUUUCACAGUUUUUCAAGCAUUUUACAAAGGUUGAAAAAAUCACUAUCCGGUGGAUAGCGCUAUCCGACCUCCGUACUAACACUGAGCCUGCUGUACUGGGAGAAAAUUUACUGAAUAUAAUAUAGCCAGCGUGCGAAGUUACUCACAACACUGCAUAGAGAAAGAGUAUAGGACCCAGGAUAGAACCCUGUGGCACUCCUGACAGCUGUCAUUGAUAGGUCUCAUUUGUACAAGAAGCUUAUAGUGAUAAUUAAUGACGUCAUAUAGUUGUUUUUCUCAUCCACAGGGAAGUUGUCCAAUAGAUGUCACAGACUGUUGCGAGCAAAAGCCAUGUCUCCACGGAGGGACUUGUGAGCCUCCGACCGGUGCCGAUGAUCCCACGAUUCGUUUCCGAUGUCUCUGUCGCAAAGGUUACGGCGGCAAUCGAUGCCAGUAUCGAAUCGGUUGCCCGGGUUAUUUAGACAUUGUGACAUCUCGCGCAAACGGGAUUUACACAUUGGUUAACCCUAACACAAGAGAACCUUUUCAGGUACGAGAAGUAAUUUAUCACAAAUGAGAAGUUUUCUACUGGAAGUCAAAGUGUGCUGAUAACCGAGGCACUAGCCAAGCAUUCUUAACUUUUCUUAGGGAGCGUUCAUUAAUUAUAUCAGAGGUUGGGGGGGGGGGAGGGGCUGGUAAAACAAUAGGGGAGUGGGGGCUAUAGGAUUUUCACAGAUGAGGGAGAGGUUUUUAGAAAGUCAAAAUUUCCUGGGGGACUUGAAAAAAGAUAUCUUUUUCAGGUAGUUCAGACACAAACCACGGCAGUUUAUUGUAGAAUACUACCUACACUGGACCCCAGAUUUGAGAUAUCUUUUUCAGGUAGUUCACACACAAACCACGGCAGCUUAUGUAAAAUAAUAAUAAUAAUCAAGAUUUAUUAGGCAUAUCCAAAAUCACAUUUGGCUCUUCAUCCAAGAUAUACAAGUUAAAAUAUGUCUAUGAAUUUACAUAAGAAAAAAAUCUUUCUAUAUACUCUGGACCACAACGAUUGAGAUAGAUAUUAUCCUAAAUAGAUAUUAUCCUAUAGGUGUACUGUAGAUUCGAUUAUGCGGGGCCAAGUGUGUUAUUUUCAACGACACUAAUUCAAUCCUACGCGCUUCAAAACGUUUCCCAAAUCAGUCCUUUUACCCAAGGCGCACCUAUCAACGAAAAUGAUGUGAAUUUCCAAGCUUGGCGGUUGUCCAAAGCAAACAUUGAGGUUCUUACUAUGUUUGCUCUCAGAUGGAUGGUAUCUUGCGAUUUCGAAAAAACUGGCUGGAGUGGACCGGUUGAUUUAUUACAAGCAAAACUCACACAGUUUGACAUACUAGAAGAUGCGAAUGCUGUCUCGAAAUGCGUCAACGUUCAAAGAAUGACAAUCCGGGGUGAAACCUGUCAGAAUUGUCAAAUACCAGUUACACAGACAGCUUCCUAUCCAUUUCAUGUUAAUACUGACCGAGCUUGA